AUGGCGAGUUCCGCCGUUGCGCAGUCUACACUAACAGCGUCAGGAAUCCAGCGCGCUUCUAGCAUUCUCCUCACGCCUCGCUCGAGAAAUGACGGCUCGACCAUUACUCCAGCUCGAAUCGCACACGUGUCAGCCCGUCACUGCAACCACCUCCGAUCAGACCUCCUUCCAGGAAGCAUAUCCGCGCUUCGUUUCUCCUCCUCCGCUUUCCCCGUUCAUCGCUCCACGUCGUCGCGCUUCGUUACAGUCACAUCCGUUUUAGCGAGGGAUGACGUGGUUGCGACAGGUGACGACAGCGGGUCGCAGGCUCAGCAGAGUCGCACGGAGUCGUUCUUGCUGGCUGUGGAAGAGGGAGAGAAGCGCGUUAAGGAGCUGGAGGGUAAAGUGGACGCGAAGCAACGCGCGCUGGAGCAACUGCAGGCUGACAUCGACAAGCUCUAUUUUGAGACCUUCGCUGGCGUGGAGAUUGCAGCAGAAGCACCAGGAUCAGGCGAACAGGAAGGGAGGGAGGAAGAGAAGGAGCAACAGCCUGCUGCCGACGUUCCCCCACGGGUGUUUGAGAGCAUGAAUGAGGAGGCGUGGGGCAAUCUGGGCCGUUCAGAGCCAUCCGUGUUGAAGGCCCUGAUUGAGACGGUGGACCGGGCAGCAUGGACGGCCUUCCAGAGGGAGGUGCACAGCCUGGCGCUCAGGCGCGAUCGCACGCGGCAGGAGCUCAGGGCGCUCCUGGACCAGCUGGACGAGGCCCGCACUGCUGCUGCUGCUCCCAUGGAGGAGACAUUAUCAGGGUCGGACUCAGAGGCGGAGGGGCCAGCAGCAGUGAUCCCAGGGCUGGGCGCGAAGGGGGAGCGCAAGGUGGCGAGCAUAGUGCUGGUGGCGGGGUUUGAGUCGUUCAACGUGGCGCUCUACAAGCAGGCUGCGGCGCAACUGCGCGCCCAGUGCCCUGGCAUCCGCCUCUCUGUCUUCUCCAAUCGGGACAUUCUCUCCAAGAGCAGAGAGAUGGAGGCAGCGCUGGCACGCGCAGAUGUGUUCUUCGGCAGCCUUAUCUUUGACUAUGAUGAGUGCGAGUGGCUGCAGCAGCGCAUCAAGAGCAUCCCCAUCCGCCUCAUCUUCGAGUCCUCCCUCGAGCUCAUGGCCAUGACCACUCUCGGCAGCUUCGCCAUGGUGGGCGGCAAGAGCCAGGGCAUGCCAGCACCAGUGAAGGCCGUUCUCUCCAAGUUCGGAGGGGGCCGCGAGGAGGACCGCAUGGUGGGCUUCGCCAUGGCAGGCGGCAAGAGCCAGGGCAUGCCAGCCCCGGUAAAGGCCGUUCUCUCCAAGUUCGGCGGGGGGCGGGAGGAGGACCGCAUGGUGGGGUACCUGAGCUUCCUCAAGGUCGGCCCCAAGCUGCUGCGCUUCAUCCCGGGCAAGCGAGCACGGGACCUGCGCAACUGGCUCACCGUGUACGGGUACUGGAACCAGGGCGGGCUGGUCAACGUGGUCAACAUGUUCCUCUACCUCGCCAAUGAGUACCUGCUGCCCACGGGCAUCACGGCUUCGGCUCCUGUGGAGACACCCCCGCUUGGGCUUUAUCACCCGGACUACGGUGACAAGCAUUCCAGUUCUCCUUCUCCUGACAUAUACCCCUCUCCCAUCCAUCUCCCCCCCACCUUUCCCGACGGCUACUUCACCUCCCCCAGUGAGUACCUGCGCUGGUUCCGCUCCUCCCAGAAGAGCCUUCCUCCAUCGGCGCCAGUGGUGGCGCUGCUGCUGUAUCGCAAGCACGUGGUGACGCAGCAGCCCUACAUCCCUCGCCUCAUCCGCAUGCUGCAGCAAGCAGGGCUGGUGCCGCUGCCCAUCUUCAUCAAUGGCGUGGAGGCACACACAGUGGUGAGGGACCUGCUCACCACGGCGUACGAGCAGGAGGAGAGGCGCAAGGGCGUCAUCAUGACUUCGUCGCUCUCACAAGAUGCUGUGAUGGUUGAUGCCGUCGCGCCUCCACCCCUGCCCACCAUCUUCAUCAACGGCGUGGAGGCGCACACGGUGGUGAGGGACCUGCUCACCACGGCAUAUGAGCAGGAGGAGAGGAGGAAGGGGGUCAUCAUGACCCCGUCGCUGGCUCAAGAUGCCGUGGCCAAGUCCAUUCUGCUGGCAAAGAACGUGCCGUACGUGGUGGCAGCGCCGCUGCUCAUUCAGGACAUCCCCAGCUGGAAGCGCGACGGCGUGCAGGGGCUGCAGUCAGUGGUGCUCUACUCGCUGCCGGAGCUGGACGGGGCCAUCGACGCCAUUCCGUUGGGGGGGCUUGUGGGCGACGGCAUUCACCUGGUGCCCGAGCGAGUAAGGCGCCUGACAUCGCGCCUGUGGAGUUGGAUCAACCUGCGGCGCACAGCAAGGGCUCAGCGCAAGGUGGCCCUCGUGCUGUACGGCUUCCCCCCUGGCGUAGGCGCCACUGGCACUGCUGCUCUGCUCAACGUUCCCAAGUCGCUGGAGGCACUGCUGCAGCGCAUGCACACAGAGGGCUACGACCUGGGCCCAGCAGGCGAGGCAAUCGCACGGGGCGAAAUCAACGGUGAGGAUCUGAUCGCGCUGCUGCAGGAGCUGGAUGCGGACAGGGUGGUGUCAGCGGGGCAGAGAGGGCCGGAGCUGGCGCUCAAGGCGGUGAAUGAGAAGCUGCAGCGCAGCGAGGACGGCCCCAGGAGCAUUCCUGCAGGAGUGGUGCCCGUGGCAGAGUGCAUCGACUGGCGGCAACUCAGGGACUGGAUUGGGGAGACCCUGACGUGGCGCAUGGAGAGGGCGUGGGGCGAGCUGAGGAAGAUCCGAUCCAUCCACUGCGACUCGGAGGGCAGGAGCGUUGUCAGCGGCAUUCAGCUCGGCAACGUGUGGGUCGGAGUGCAGCCAGUGCUGGGCUUGGAGGGAGACCCCAUGCGCCUGCUCUUUGAGCGUGACCUCACUCCCCACCCCGAGUACGCGGCCUUCUACAAGUGGUUGCAGCAGGGCAUGCAGGCGAAUGCAGUGGUGCACUUUGGCAUGCACGGCACUGUGGAGUGGCUUCCUGGCAGCCCGCUGGGGAACACAGGCCUGUCUUGGUCCGACGUGCUCCUGGGUAACCUCCCCAACAUCUACAUCUAUGCGGCCAACAACCCCUCAGAGUCCAUUGUUGCCAAGAGGCGCGGCUACGGCACCAUAGUGUCGUACAACGUGCCUCCGUAUGGCAGGGCAGGGCUGUACAAGGAACUCGCUGGGCUGAGAGAGCUGAUUGCAGAGUUCCGGGAGGACCCAGCAAAGAACGAGUCGUUAAAGCCGGCCAUAGUAGGGGCGCUGGUGACGGCGGGCAUGCAGGCGGACUGCCCUUUCGUGCCCUCUGACGGCUCUAGCAAUGGCGAGGCGGUGUUUCUGGACGAGGAGAGCAUUCAGGAGGUGUCUGAGGGGGAGUUUGAGAAGUACCUCGUGAAGCUGUAUGAGUACCUGGCGGUGGUGGAGAACCGUCUGUUCUCGGAGGGGCUGCACAAUCUGGGCCGUCCACCCAAGGAGAAGCAGAUGGAGCAGUACCUCUCAGCUUACUUUGGGGACGACCUGGAUGAUACUGCUAUUGAGGCUGUCGCUCACACCCAUGGCGACCUGGCUGAGGUUCGGCAGCGCUUGGAGCAGCUGUACCUGAGGGACGGCGUGGCGCCACCCGCACGGGAUGCUGAGGUGGACGCACGUGUGGCGGAGGCAGUGAGCAUUCGGCAGCUGCUGGCGCGCAACACAGAGGAGCUCGAUAACGUACUGCGAGGACUGGAUGGUGACUAUGUGCCUCCUGCUGUGGGUGGCGACCUGCUGCGAGACGGCCCAGGAGUGCUGCCCACGGGGCGAAACAUUCACGCCUUGGACCCCUACCGCAUGCCGUCAGCAGCGGCAUGGGAGAGGGGCAGUGCCAUAGCAGCCAACAUAAUUCAGCAGCACCUGGACCAGCACGGCACAUACCCUGAGACCAUCGCAGUCAUGCUCUGGGGUCUCGACGCCAUCAAGACCCGUGGCGAGUCCGUUGCCAUAGCACUCGCACUCGUAGGGGCACACCCAGUGAAGGAGGGCACGGGGCGAGUGGUGCGGUUUGACCUCACGCCCCUGGAGCAGCUGGGACGGCCGAGAAUAGACGUGCUCGCUAACCUCUCAGGCAUCUUCCGAGACAGUUUCGCCAACGUGGUGGAGUUGUUGGACGAUCUGUUCCGGCGAGCAGGAGAGGCGGACGAGCCGCCAGAGAUGAACUUCAUCCGCAAGCACUCGCUGGCUCUGCAGGCAGAAGGCAUUGACGCGUCAACGGCCAGGAUCUUCUCGAAUCCAGCAGGCGACUACGGAUCAAUGGUCAAUGAGCGCAUUGGCGCCGCUGACUGGGAGAACGGGGAGGAGCUGGGGGACACGUGGCAGUCCAGGAACUCGUUCAGCUAUGGCAGGGGCGAGCAGGGCGUCGCUCGACCAGAGGUGAUGCGUAAGCUGCUGCAGACAACGGACCGCAUAGUGCAGGAGAUAGACAGCGUGGAGUAUGGGCUCACAGACAUCCAGGAGUAUUAUGCCAACACCGGUGCCAUGAAGAACGCUGCUGAGACCGCCCGCAAUGGGGCCAAGGUGUCGUGCAGUGUGGUGGAGACAUACGGCAAGGACCUUCGCCCGCGCGACCUUGAAGCCACACUGCGGCUCGAGUACCGCUCCAAGCUGCUGAACCCCAAGUGGGCGGAGAAGAUGGCAGCGCAGGGCAGCGGGGGCGCAUACGAGAUAUCACAGCGCAUGACGGCGCUGCUGGGGUGGGGGGGCACCACGGGCUUUCAAGAGGACUGGGUGUUCGACCAGGCUGCUGAUACUUAUGCUCUCGAUGACGCCAUGGCCGCUAAACUCAGGAAGAACAACCCUCAGGCCUUCCAGAACAUUCUGAAGCGCAUGCUGGAGGCAGCGGGGCGGGGCAUGUGGCAGGCGAACGACGAGGUGAUUGAGAAGCUGAGGGAGCUCUAUGCUGAGAUGGAUGAUGAACUUGAAGGGGUGAAGCUGCGCUAG